AUGGGGUGUGCACCUUCCCACAGUGGUAUUGUCAACAGUAUGGCCAGGAGUGGUAUCCAAUUUUGGAAAAAACCCAAGACCGCUUUGCCAGUCCAUCAGGCUGGCCCUCAAGGGCUGUCCAUCCCUUUGCUGGUUCAAGGCUCCACCUGCUAUGGCAAUGAAGAGGUCCCACGGCAGGGGCAGCAGACAAGGGAGAAUCCAGAUCCCAAGAGGGAUCAAAACAUGGCCAGAAGUCUCCAUCUGUUCCCUGGGAAUUCCCCUUCAGGCAAGAGGAGAGGACCUGGAGACACAGCCCCAGAUGCCGAAGCUGUCGUGUCAGAGAUCCUAGAUUCUCAGAAACAUUUGACGGAGAGUACACACUUAGAGAGUCAGAACGCCUCCAGGGAGGGUUCCUAUUGGAAUGAACGGGAGGGACGGAGUGCCAAGGAGUCUUCUAAAAAAGGAAAGAGUCCCAAUGGCCAUAUAUCAGGGAAAGAGAAUUGUCACUGUCAAACCCAAGACUUUCUUGCCAACGGGCCUGAAGACAAGGUGGAUUUCCCUGAACCCCUGGUGAAGGCUCACCAUAGGGCAUAUGCCUUUCUGCACCCCAGCCUCUCCAGAUAUGAAGCAAUCCUAGGCAUAGCCCACCAGGCUGCCCAAACCCAGCAGUACCUCCAGCAGAUGGUGGCAUUCUUGCUCUUGCGCUUUGAUGAGAUUAACAAACUCUUAGGAGAGAUUGCCAAUGAUGGAGAAGUCCUCCUCCAAGAAGCUGGAUCCCAUCUGGCUUGGCCAGCUGGGAAGGAAGACCCACCACAGCAGCCAGAUCUACUGCAACAGUUGCUACAAUACACUGCCAAUAGGAUGCAGGUUCUCCAUCACACAGUGACUUCCCUCACUUUUGGGGCUCUGCAGGACUCCAGCAGCUACCUCCACUCUGCUGCCCAACAUCUGGACAAAAAACUAGAGACUCAAAAGAAACUGGACCAGUGCCUCCUGGAGGCUAUCAGCCUCCUCCAAAGCUGUUUGGCUGGACCCAGUACGGCCAAGGUUGAUGAUCGACCUCUCUAUUCUGAAGACAGUGGCAUUGGGGCUGACAAUGAGUCUCUGUAUUCUGUGGACAGGCUGGGAAAACAGGCCAGCUUGGAUUCUUUGGAUGAGCCCACAGAAAGGAAGUCUUGGGUUUCAUCCCACAGGGAUGCCAAGGGGUUGGCAGAUGCUGGACAACGUCGCCCAUCAGUGUCAGGGUCUAACAGACCCCAGGACUGUGCCCUUGAAAGACAAACUGCUCACCAAGCUGCAAUGGGUAUCCCUUUACAUGCCAAGGAAGCUACAGCAAAUACACAUUCCAGGUCUCUCCAGCUGGGGAGGAGGUUUUCACAUAAAGCCUUAAAAACCAGGGCCCUGGAGAAAGGAGAACAUUUCAGAGACUACAGACUAACUGCUCCUCUGCUCCUCACUGAUGAGGAAGACAGCAAUUCAGAGGAGGAGGAGGAGGAAGACAAUGAUGAAAAUGGCACCACUAGCCUGAGCCAGAGACAGAGAGAAAUUCAGUCUCUGAGGCCAACAACUUCUCCAUCUCUCACAGAAAGUAUGUUCUGGCCACAUUUCAAGAGAAUCGAGAGCCCCCAGGCUCAGGAGAUGAUUCUCAAGAUGAAGGAUGCAAUUAGUGAAAGAAUCAAGUUUGUCCCAGCUCAGCCUGUACAUAAAGAAUGGACAGAGGAUGAAGAAAAGAAGCUAAUCCUCCCCGCUAGGCCCAGGACAGUUGAUGGGGGCAGGAGGCAGUCUGAGAGACCAAGGAGAUCCAAGUCGGAAGAGUCUCUCAAGGGCCACACAGAAGACCCCACACUCCUGGAACUACAGAGGGUUCAGAAGGACCUCAGCCAGAGGCUAGAGAUGUUUUAUGGUUUCCGUAAGAAAAGGAAAACUCAGAACAAAGAGGAACAUUGCAUCCCCAGAACAGCUAUGGUGUGUCUGGUCAGCAAAAGUAGGCCUACCCAAAGCUCCUCCAUUAGCAAGCUGAAGGCCUCCCUUGCCAAGAACCUCAGUAUUCUGCCUAGUCAGGAAAAGAUUGUCUUGCAGAAACCUGAUCCCAACUCUAAGAGUCAGCAACCCAGGGAAGGAAAGGCUGAAACCCUUUCAAAGACUACCACAUCUGUCCAGAACUACCUACCAUGGGAGAGAGAAAAUGAGGCUCCUGAGACCCAAGCAUGGAAUGGUGAGGGAUGUACGCCUAGACCAUCUGUCAAGAAACUCAUUGAAACAUUCAGUCCCACUGAAGAGCUGGUGAUGCCAAUGAACACUAGGCACUCUGGAGCAGUCAGUAGUAUCAAGAAAUUUGGGAUUCCCAUCAUGCCUUCCAGAUUUCCCAUUUAUAGGGGGCUGGCUCCUUUGUAUCCCAAGCAUCAGAUUUGUCCAGGAACAAAUGGAGAGCUCCCCAAAUUGGGCCCCAGCUGGAGGCCCUUUGCACCAAUCUUCACACCUCUCUCCACAAUGGCACAAGUCUACAGGAGAAGUCUACACAGUGAAACAGAGGAGGACUUGAAAGACCUCCCUCCUCCACCUCCAGAAAUCCUAAUGGACAACUCAUUCAAUUCACUGAAGAGCCCUGGAGCUCCAGAACCAGGAGGGUGUCCUGUUGAAGUGCCCAGCAAGCUUAGUCCAGUGGAACUUCCCCUAACCAGGAAAAUGUCAGCUUCCCAAAGGCUAAAGGCUUCCCUGAACUCCAUUGACUUACUACCUAGUAAAAAUAUCCCCAACUCCAUCCCUCCCAGUGGCAAAGGGUCAGGGGACACCAAGACAGAGAAGAAAGCCAGAAAUCUCUCCUUAGAACUUGUUCAUGCACCUGAAACCAGCCACAGCCAAGAAAGACCAGAUGAGGUCCAGAGAGAGCCAGAUAAGGCAGCAAAUCUGAACAAGCAAUCUCAUAAGGUGGUACCUCUGCCCCACUCCAGCAGCACAGCUGGGACAAAUGGAAACAAGGAAGCCAAUGUGGCCAGGCCAUCCCAAGCAUUGCAUCCUCCUGAAGGGCCAAAGCAGGGUCAAGAGAAGAGCCCAGCUCUGGUCAGAAAAGUCUCCCCUACAAGGAUACACUGGUCACACAGGCCUGAAAAGAGGAACCCUAGCCCACCUGACUCACACAGACCUGUUGGGCCGAGUCUCCCCCAUAUGCAAAGGCAGUCUAGCCCCCCUUUUAGCUCUAGGACAAGUCCUCCCAUCAGGACCAGGACACCUAGCCCCCCAUCAAGCCCCAAGGCAAUAAGCCCCCCAGCAGUGAGAAAAUCAGCUUCUCCACCCCUCCAACGCAAGAAUCCCAGUCCUCCCACAGGAGUCCCUUCCAGCCCUCCAGCUCCUCAAGAGAUCUCGAGCCCACCAGCCUGCCACAGAGAAGUGAGCCCUCCUCCCUCUUCCUCCACUCCUACCCCUCCAAGCUCCCCAUCCCAAGAGCCCAAAGAACCAAGUUCAUGUGGGGAAAGUGAGCCGAGUCCAGCCAAGGUAGCCCACAACACCUGCUCCAUAUUUUGUCCUGCAACCUCCUCUCUGUUUGAAGCCAAAUCCCAAUCCUCCCCCAACUGCUCACAGACAGAGGGUGGGCAGCCUCCGGAGACGGCAGCAGAGGUCAAGAGAACCAGUGUGCUGCCAAGGCAGUUGGGGGAGCCCCAAAGGAGAGUGGCCUUGUGUGCACUCAACCCUCAGCCUUUCAUCAGAAGGUCCGCUUCUGACCAUCGGCCAAGAAUACGGCUCCGGCUACCCGGCUCAGCCUCGGUGGGAACCACGAGUGAGCUGGUCAGCCAGACCAGCUCAGAGGAGAAUCCCCCAAAGGAGGCGGCCCCUUGGAACAACCUCUGCUUGACGGAUGGGAAAGGAAGCAGCAAGUGGGCGUCUCACCCUGACCUGUAUGUGGUGGGUCGAGGGCUCCAGAGAGAGUGA